AUGAGCACAUUCGAGAAGGUCAAGGAGGAGAAGUUGGAGUUCGAGAAGAACUGCGACCAGCACAUUUACGAGAAGGCUCUCCUCACCUUCAAGGGUGUGGAUGGGAUGGAUGUGUACAAUUGCUCUGCACCCUUCAAGUACGGGGGCCGAACGCACAUCUUUGGUCGUGUGGAGAAGCGGUCUGAGUGGGCCAACUCGUAUGUACGGCUAUUUGUGGAGACGGACAAGGAUGAAUUCUCUCUGGUGCCUGGCAACAUGGUGUGGCAGCUUGAGGAUCCGUUCGUCUCAAAUGUCAAUAAUGAGAUGUUCCUCGGUGGGACACAUAUCCGGAAAACGAACAGCCGCGUCUUCACCUACUACUGCGACUUCUUUCGCGGCAAUGCGGGGAACCUGAGCUACUUCACGACGGGACCCGACAACAUGAAGGAUAUUCGCCUCGUCGAGCUGGCCAACAACAAGAUUGGCGUCUUUUCGCGACCAAAGACGGCAGCGCACGCCUUUAUUGGCUUCACGGUGAUCAACAACAUGAUGGAGCUGACACCCACAGUUAUCGAGGAGGCCCCGCCUCUCAAUGUCAUUCACACCGGCGCCUGGGGCGGUGUGAAUCAGGCGUACCUGCUGAGCUCCGAUAAAGUGGGUUGCAUCAGUCAUUACAGUUACAUCGACAAAGACGAGGACGGCAAUGAGAUCACAGUGUACACCAACUACGCCUUCGUCCUGAACCCAUACCUUCGUGAGGUUGAGGACGCGAGAAUUAUCGGGACCAAGGGUUGCUACCCAAAGUGUUCCCCGAAGGUUGACAAACUUCUCGACUGCGCUUUCAGUUCUGGCAUCGUCAUGCGCGAGGACGGCCGGUGUGACUUGUACAGCGGGUUAGGAGACGCGUACGAAGGCCGCAUCACCAUUGACUACCCGUUUGAGGGUCAUGGAUCUCUCAUCGACAACCUGCACUUCUAG